GCGGAUUAUUUCCAGCGGCAUUUGCUUCGACCUGCUGUUCCCGGUCUGCCCAACGCUCACAUUCGAGCUGCGUCCGCCGAGACCAGCCACCGAUUUCGUUCGUGGACGCCGAACAACAGUCCGCGCACUGCAGCACAACUCAAUCUAGGCAAACCUUUGGACAAGGCUACGUCGAGUGAACUCAGUCUGUGCUCUUCGGUCGAAAACGGCGCAGAACCAAUGUUAGAUUCGCUACAAGACCAACAGCGUACGCCGGAACCUAGGAUGUCUCGUGGAAGGCCCCACGCUGUGGCUAUGUACGAUUUUGACACAGGCAUUGAAGGCGAUCUGCAAUUUCGGACUGGCGACAUCAUCAUGCUCGAGGAGGUCGUGGACGAGGCCUGGUAUCGAGGUCGUUCAAUAGUGACCGGCCAAGUUGGCAUAUUCCCCAUGAACCACGUCCAGGUUCGGAUCCCCAUUGAGACGGGUCUGUACACCACAUCGCAACCGAGACCAGCGAUUGUAUUGGCCCAUCAGCUACCGAAAGGAUCCCCGCUCAUGACGAAUGGCUUCAGUCCACAGGCAAAUCAGAUGGCUUCUGCUCAGGGUUCUGCAUCCUCUGUGACCUCAAAUGAAGCCGCACUUCCUCGACGGCCAUCAAGGAUCCGGAUAUCCAGCCUCAGUGCCAAAUAUGAUGCAACUCAGACUGGCCCGUCCAAACAAUCGAGCGCCAGCGGAACUGCAGCAGUGAGCGAUGAAGAUGCUGCGACAGGGAGCGACCCAUACAGAAUUGCUCGCUGUACAUCGCCCCCAAUAGUAUCAUCUUUGAAGCCCCUAUCUCGCGAGACUGUUUCUCAGCUUGCCGAGAAACUGGAACACCGUGGGAUUGCUGUAACGCGUGUUGGGCCCUUACCAGCAGGAGCAAAACCAUUGUUUCCUUCUGUUAUGCGGAAACCGCACGUAUCUUCCGCCCCCAAUGAACGCCAGAAAACACUUUCGGACCACAUCGGACCGGAAGAUUCCAGAAAGCCAAACCUCAUACCCACCCCAAAAAUGGUGGAAACGCUCCUAGUCAAAAUUUUUGGUGAACAAAGCAAACCCUCCGGAAAAGAGGCACCACUAACUCCACUUGAAUCAACUGCUGGCAGGAUAAUGUCUGAUACGAAAAUGCCAACUAGCCCGAUUGAGAGCAGCUUGCAGCACAACCAUUCGGCACCCGACUCCGUUCGAAUUGAAAAAGUUACGGCAUUCCCGACCGAACAGUUGACUCGAGAGAAACUGAAAUCGAACUUGGUGGGGCCAAGAACCGUGUCGGUCAAACGAACCAGAUCGUUUCCAGUCAACCCGAAUAAAAAAUCCAUGCAAGAAUCGGGCCUCCCAGCAUCCGAUCUGAUUGACAUGAGCACAUUGUUGGCGAAACUGCCAAAACCGUUUCGAUGUCAGACCAGUUUGCGAAUUCCAGCGGGGCUGAAGAACUCCGCCACGCACAAAAUAGGCGAACCUGCUCCGACUGUGACUGUCAAAACAGAGAAUAUAUGCCGACAAGGUGCAGUAACCAAGAACGGGACAACGUACAAGACGCUGAACAGCGAAGAACAUGUGGAACCGAAUCAGCGAGCGGAAGGACUCUCAUUCAGUUCAUCCACCCCAUCGUUGUUCCGGAGACUACCGCAGAAAGUGGCUGAUCAACAGUGGCUGUUGGUUACUUUUGACUAUGUGGGCACGGAACCGGUCGACUUGACAGUGAAGGAGAACCAAGUGGUUCGCUGUCUGGAUCCAUUACCACCCCCUGAAAACAUGCAAGACGUGUAUGUCCCCGAUCAAUGGCUUCGGUGUGUCACGUGGUUUGGCAAAGAAGGGCAGAUCCCCAGCACUUUUGUACGCCGUAUCCUGGAUUCGGAAGAACUAACAGGGCGUAUGGCGAGCAGGCCACGCGUGGAAGCACUAUUUGACUUCAAUGCGGAAACCAGUGGAGACUUGUGCUUGAAAGUUGGUGACAUUGUGUAUCUACACGAGGCAGUUGAUGAAAACUGGUACCGUGGAGAAAACGCCGUCACUGGAGGCUGCGGAAUGUUUCCUGCUCCAUUUGUCCGAGUACUCUGUCCCCUGCCGAAAGAAAAACCUCUGUGAUCGAAAGAACGUGGCUUUUUUAUAUUUAUUUAUCUAUUUUGUGAUAUUUUAUGAAACUGUUUCUAAUUAUUGUAAACAAGGCAGCCGCUUUUCCGGAAACGAUGAUUCAGUGCAUCACAGUUAGCCCCCCACCACCACAGUUUUACUCACCUUCUUUUCAAGAUGUAUGAAUUCGCGUCAAGCGCCUUCCAGAGUCCCCUCCCCCUUGCCGUGAAGGGCAUGUUUUUCCCCUGUGUUGUGCAACUCAUUUGGCGUCGUUUAUAGAAUUCCUGAAGAAGUCAUCAACUCAUCACGGUUUACCUGUUAUUGAAAAAAGUUGUUUAACC